UUUCGUGUCUCUAUCCAUCCAUCUUCUAGAACGCGAGAGCGGCGGAACCGGCCUUUCGCCUAUUCGUACUUACUUGGAACACCACACACGUUGGCAUUGGUAAAGCCCGCAGCAAAACCACCCGGGAACAGGACGAACGAAGCGUCCGUGCCUCCUCUACUUAAAAGCAAGCAAAAGCCAGCGUCCAGCGUGAUUUUUCGUGAGCGUAUGGAAAAACACUACGUCGUGCAUGUGAAUUUUUCCAAUAGUUGUUUCUUAUAAGAAAACUGUAAUUUAUACACAAAGUGAGUUGGAAUCACGUAAUUAGUCUUCUAAGUGCUGCUAUUGGUCAUCAUCUUCAAUUAGGUGUUGUGCGUAAUAGAACAAAUACACAGUGAAAGUACAUAGAGAAUAAAAUCCGAUCCGUGAAUAAAACAAAUAUACAUAUACACGACCAGUUCUAUUCCCUUGCCUCCCAUAGAGUUUUAGGGUCGGUCGAAUACCACUUAAUUUGCGGCCGAGGUGGUGAGGUCAUCCAACGCGAGUUCUUGAUUUUCUAAGAAUUAAUACCACCGAUGUGUUCGAUAUCACUUAUAACUCGCUGAUAUCUGCAAUAUCUUGGAAGAGUGACUUUACUGACGGCCGAAAUAAAACUACAAGUCAUUCUACGAAAAAAAAUCCAUAUUCAUGUUGGCAUCGAAGUCAAUGUGAAAAAGUAUUAAAAACAGUAUCCCAUCAGUCAUUGAACAAACAGCACGCCAACGGCUAGGCCAGCCCAUAAUUGUUUUAUUUCGGUACCUCAAUAAUUGAUAAGCAAAUUUGGUGUGACAUUUUGCUUUGGUGUUAGUUGUAUCCAGUGAAUAUUGUGAAAUUCAACAUUCGGCAACGUUCCAUUCAGGACAAGUCCUACGACUGUCAUCUAAACCCAGAGUUUGUGUUUCAAUAACCAAGUGAAUUCAUUUGUCAACGAUUUGCAUCAGAAGUUUGUUUAACAACAUUGAAUUGCUAUGGGUCUUUUAAGUGAAGGCAGCCCCUUAUCGUGGAAUGAAACUAAAGCUUUAGCUCAACAUGUACGCGAGCACGGUAUACAACAAUUCAUAAAUCUCUAUCAUCAGCUUAAGGAUCGUCAAGGUGAUGUCCUAAAAUGGGGUGAUGAAGUCGAAUAUGUCAUAGUCAAAUUUGACGACAAUGGAAAAGUGGCACGAGUUUCUCUUAAAGCGCGAGAGCUUUUGGCUAAACUCAAUGAAAAGGAAAUGGCUGAUCCACAGGGAGUCAAAUCGUUGUGGCGUCCCGAAUAUGGUGCCUACAUGAUUGAAGGUACACCAGGCAAACCUUUUGGUGGUCUUAUGGCUCAUUUCAACUUGGUGGAGGCUAAUAUGCGUUAUCGUCGCCAAGAAGUCACCGAAUUGUUGGACAAAGAUGAAUGUGUCAUGUCCAUUACAAAUUUUCCCCGCUUAGGUUGUCCAGAGUUCACGUAUCCCAUUUACAACCCCAAUCCUGAGGAUCCCAAUAGUUCAGCUAAAUCUUUGUAUUUCCCCGAUGAGGCCAUAUUUCCUGGCCACCCUCGCUUCAAAACACUAACUCGCAAUAUACGUAUGCGACGCGGUGAAAAGGUGGCCAUUAAACUAAAAGUAUUCAAAGAUGAGAACACCAAAAUACCCGUCGAGGGUAGUCCUCCCAAUGAGCCCGAUGUGGUGCUACUAGACGCUAUGGGUUUUGGCAUGGGCUGCUGUUGCUUACAGUUAACAUUCCAGGCUUGCAAUAUUACCGAGGCACGAACCCUCUACGAUCAUCUGGCUCCGCUGUGUCCUAUUAUGUUGGCCCUAACAGCAGCUUCACCCAUCUACCGAGGCUAUUUGACCGAAUCGGAUUGCCGUUGGAACGUCAUAUCAUCAUCGGUGGAUUGUCGUACCCAAGAAGAAAGAGGCCUUAAACCCUUAAAGGAGAAUAAAUUCCGUAUAGCCAAAUCGCGCUAUGAUUCCAUAGACUCAUAUCUCUCGCCGGAAGGUGAGAAAUACAAUGAUGUGCCCCUGACCUACGAUGAAAAGGUCUAUCAGACUCUACGUGAAGGUGGCAUUGAUCACUUGCUGGCCCAGCAUGUGGCCCAUCUCUUUAUACGUGACACCGUCUCAUUGUUCAGCGAGAAGGUGCAUCAGAACGAUGAGGAAGAUACUGAUCAUUUCGAGAAUAUACAAUCGACCAAUUGGCAGACAAUGCGCUUUAAGCCUCCUCCCCCAAAUUCCUCGAUCGGUUGGCGUGUGGAGUUUAGGCCAUGUGAGGCUCAAAUAAGUGACUUUGAGAAUGCCGCCAUUGUGUGCUUUGUGGUCCUUUUGACAAGAGUCAUACUCUCCUAUCAGUUAAAUUUUCUAACGCCUAUAAGCAAAGUGGAUGACAAUAUGCAAAGGGCUCAAAAACGUGAUGCCUGCCGCCAAGAGAAAUUUUGGUUCCGCAAAAAUGUGCGCAAAACCAAAAAAAUGACCAACGGUUAUACCAAUGGAACAGGUGCUGGACACCAACAAAAUGGCACCGUAAAUGGUACAGCAGAUACCAAUAACGAGGACGCCAAAAUGAAUGGUACGAAUGUUUAUGAUAAUCACGAUCAUGAAAAUCACUCGGAUCAUGAGGAAGAGGAAUUCGAACUUAUGUCUAUUGGGGAAAUAUUCAAUGGCAAGGCCGAUGGUUUCCCCGGCUUGGUGCCUCUUAUACGUAGCUACUUACAGUCAAUGGAAGUUGACACAGAUACCCACUGCACCAUCGAACAAUAUUUGCGCUUUAUUGAAAGAAGAUCCUCCGGUGAGUUAGUGACCACCGCCACUUGGAUGAGAGAGCAGGUCUUGAAACAUCCCGAUUAUAAGAAAGAUUCCAUUGUUACCAAUGGCAUUAAUUAUGAUCUGCUUAAGAAAAUCGAAGCCAUUCAACAGGGCAACUUGAUCGAGCCAACACUGCUGGGCCAAGGUGUUCGUACAAAAACAAAAGAGUUCAUUCCAAUGGCCAUACAAAAGCAUUUGAACGCUUGCUGUGAAAGUAUAUGACCAAAUGCAGGCGAUUAUACUUUUAAAAAUGGUAACAACCAACAUAAGGAGGAUGAUGUUGUUAAAGCUGAUGACAAGAUAACUGUGAUGGAGAGACAAGAAAAUCAACAAGAGCAACUGGCCAAUAGUAGUGAAAAUGGAAGUGGUAGUAGUAGUAGCAUUAGCCCAAUGCAAGAGUAACAUUGCCAAAAAGAAAAAUCGAACAUUAAAAAAAACAUUAGAAGCCAUAAAAAGAAGAAGAAAACUAAUGACAAGAAACAAGUAGAAUAAUUGCAAGAGAAGGCAAUCCAACGCUGGACAAAGAUCAUAGACCAAAAAUCAAAAGUUGUAUUGCCUUGUUGGUGGAGGCACAGAAACAGCAGCAAGCAAGCUAAAGAGCAUGCACAAAAUUUAUGUUGGCUUAUGUAACAGCAAAGGUGUUAGACGGAUGUAGGGGGCUCCUUCCUCAGCCAUCUGAGCUAGUCUCUACCAUAAAGUAAUGACAAGAAGUCCAUUGAAUUGGCCGCUUUUUGUAUACUAUUGUCCAAAUAAACACACACACACACAUACACACAAAAGCAAAGGCAACAAAGCCAUAAAGGGAGUUGUGCAAGAUUCAUGUGAUAAUGAUUAACUUUUCUCUGCUACUCCUCUCCCAUGAAGGGAACGAAUGCAAAGGAAAGGACAAACGUACACCAUGUCGUCAGGAGAGACUAUGCUCUCCUUCACAAAACUUUGAAACAAAAAUUUGAUGCAAAAAACAACAUCAAGGGGAGGGUAUUAUGUUAUAGUUAUAUCUAUUAUUAUUAUUAUUAUAUACAUAACUACAAUUAAAUAUAUUAUAUAUUACAUAUAUUAAAAUAUAAGAGUUUCUUUUAUUAUUAUUUUUUUUUGUUAAAUUAUUUUUUAAAAAGGAAAAUAGCAACAACAAAAAAAUAUACAAAACAAACAAAACCAUGUGCAAAAUGCAACAGAAUCCUUUAUACAUUUUAAGUGUUUAUUUUUUAUUUAAACAAAGCUGAAAUGUUUUCUAUAGAGAAAAGUUUUUAAAACCUAUUACUCACGUAUACAAAAACUUCAAUACUACAUAAAAGAAAUGAAAAUUAUGAACAAAUUAUUAAUUAUUGUAAAAAUCAGAAACAAUAUAUAAAUAAAAUCUUAAAUAUUUUGAAAUAACAAAUAAAUCUAAACUAAUAAAAGACACGAAAUAAAUCAAAUUGGUUAAAAAAAA